CACAUUUUGUAGUGCAUGCGAAUGAGACUGCAUUAAGAAGGGCAAAUCCAGGAACGCAAUGGGACCUCUGCUACUUAAAUUGCUUUUACAAGUUGUUCUGCUGUUUGAUACUUUGGCGUGGUAUGUGAAUAUGCCAAAGGAAAUUCAUGGUCUCAAAGGUUCCUGUCUGGUCAUACCAUGUUCUUUCAGAUACACAUCAUACCCACCCAAAGACCCACGUAGAGUUGUGUGGUAUCAGUACGUCUCUAUGGGUUAUCCUUCAGUUUACGAUCCAUGGUAUCCAAAUAAUGUUAUUGGGAAGUUCAGAAGUAAAACUAGUUUAUACGGUGAUCCUUCAAGUAGGGAUUGCAGUCUGUUGAUUAAAGGACUGGAUCUGUCUCAUCAUGGAGAGACAUUAUACACAUGGAUUGACCCUGAAAAUGUUGGAUGGCGCACCUACAAAUUUUAUGAUGUCACCUCAACAAUUAUCGUCGAUGCACAGCCACAGCUGCCCAGCAUUUAUAUUUAUGGAGGUGAAAGGACGGGUGACACAGUCACAGUAACAUGUUCAACUUUCCACACGUGUCCAUACAGAAAACCAAGCAUUACUCUGAAAGGUAUAGAAGGAUCUGAUGAAAUCAAGGAUGAGUCUGUCAAAGGCGGCCUGUGGAAAAUCACUCUGACACGCACAGGUGCCAUUAAGGCAGAGCGCUCGACGAUUGAGUGUUCAGUAACACAUUAUGGUGACAUAACAGUGACAGCUACAAAGGACAAAAGUGCAGAAUGUGCUCAUCAUAAAAUAACGAUUGUGCCUGAACUGGCAGAUGUCACAGAAGGUGUCACAAAGAACUUCGUUUGUAGUGUCUACCAUUCCUGCCAGAAAGAGCCAACCAUCACAUGGAACUAUGAGAACAUGCAGGUCACAAAAGGGAACAAAAAACUCUUUGGUUUAGAUCAGAUCACCUUUUCCAACAUCACCUUUCUGGGUGCAAAAGAGGACAAUGAAAAGAAACUGAUUUGCACCGCAAAAUUUUCUGGAGCAGACUUUAAAGCUUCUGUCAUUUUACGUGUACAACAGUAUCAAAAACCAGCAAAUCCAGUGCAGAAUGAAACCCAUUUCCGAUACGUGGCAGACGUGAUACACAAGAUCACUGCGUUGCCUCGUUCAUGUGUGGUAAUACCAUGCAGUUUCAAGGCAGAAGAGGAAUAUCUCACUCGACUUCGGGUUCUUUGGGUCACCAAAAGAGGUGGCUACAUGUUCCACACCGACCCAGUCGAUGUCUUGGACAACUUCAAAGGCCGCACAAGGCUCCUCGGAAACCCAGAUGAGCAGAACUGCACUGUGGAGAUGGAUAAUGUUCAAACUCAUGACAAUGGGCCUUUUUGCUUCCGAGCAGAAAGAGAAAAUGAGAAAUACAGCUUCAACAACAGCUGUGUGUUCAUUAUAAUGCGGGCAUCUCCCGACAAACCUGUGAUGUCAUCCCUCCCUGAAGACAUCGAGCCCGGGACCCGCGUCGUUGUCAAAUGCUCAGUCAAACACACAUGCUCCUCUCAUCCUCCUGAAAUCACCUGGAGCGUCCCAACAGCCCGAGAAACUAUCAGCCACAAUCACAUGGGUGGAGGCAUCUGGGAAACAGUGUCCGCUGUGACCUUUAUUCCAACUGGAUAUGAAGAGAAAGAUGAAAUUCUCUGCACUGCCAACUUUUGGGGCGGUAAAACACAGGAAAAUACUGCCUUCCUCAGUAUUAGAAGAGUUCAAGGGGUUGGAUUUGGGCCUUAUGUCAUUGCAUCUUCAUUUGUGUUCAUCCUCAUUUGCAUACUUGCUGGAGUCUUCAUUUACAAGAGGCGACACAAAUGGCCAAAUCAGGAUAUGCAAGGUUCCCUAACACAAUCUGAGCCAAGGAGAUCCGUUUGGAACAGAUUCUCAAGUCGAUUUAGUAUGCCUGAAGGAAGAGCAGCUUGGAAUAACAGGGGAAACAGGAGUGAUACCAGGUACACUGGAGAUGCUCCCGAAAGACCACACAAGCCUGAACAAAGACGGAGCAUCUGGAGCCGAUUGUCUAGACACCAAUCACCCAGAAUCAAUGCAAAUCUGAGAGCAGAAUACAAGGAAAACAACAUUUGUACGGUGUCAGAAAACAAGCCUUUCUCCAAACCUCAUAUGCCAUCACCAAAGAGUGAGCCAAAAUCCUACCGUGGUUAUGAUUAUGAUGCUGAUUUCACCAACCUAUAUGGAAAUGUCUGAAGAAAACAUCAGGGCUGUGCAUGUGCUCUGACAGGUGGUUUGAGUCCAGAUCACAUCAUUUCCCCAUCCUGUUCCUCUGUUCAAGAUUUUAUUUUAUUUUAUUUUUUUAUUAUAAACGAUGACAAUUAAAGCACAGAAAAAUAAAAACUAAGCCAAAAAAAAUUCUGAAUUCAACAAGCAAAAAUUUAUUUUUUAUAUUGACUUUAACCUGCC